CGUUGAGAAUAUUAGGUCUUGGCAAAUAAAUUUUAGCAACGAAACCAGUUUUUAUUAUGCAUAAAGAAAUUCAAGUCCGUGAUAACGAAAACUGAGAUUAAUUUUUUUCGUUUUUCCAUUUUCUUUGUCAAUCAUAAAGGAUCAAAAUUGUGAUCAAUAAUUGAGUCAUACAUAAGACAACUUCCUCUUUGCUAAAUCAUGGAUAAAAAUGCCUGUGAUGGACAAAUAAAUAAAAAACUCUUUACUACACAACCUCCAAGUAACAAUCACUUAAACUAUAAGAUACCUCAAUCUGUUGCAACAAAACUGAAAGAUAAUGAGAAAAAUAAUGAUAGCAAUAUUUUUGAUUACAAAAAUAUUUUGCUUAAAAUGACAGGAGAAAUAAGUUCAGGUUUUAUACACAGAAAUAAUUUAACGCAAAAACAGCCUAAUAUCAAUUCUAUAGAGGACACAGAAGAUGAUGAUGAAAAGUUUAUCUUAGACAUGAAAAUAAUAAUUGAUAAAAAUUGUAACAUGCAGAAUAAGGAGAAUUUCGGCAUAAGGGAUUUGCAAAGUAAAUCAUAUUUAUUGAGAAAAAAGAAAUGUGCAUUCAGCAAUGAGGAUCAAAAUUUGAUAAAACGAUUUAAAAAGUCUCUAGAUGAAAACAAGGCUUCGUGCGGAGCUCCGAAAAAGUUGCAACAGUCUGAGCAACAAAUUGAUACUGUCGAUGAUAAUAAUUGUUCGACAACCUUACAGAUUACCCCAACUACCAUUAAGUAUAAUGGUACUGAUACGAACUUCAGAUGUAAUACCAAUGAAUUACUUUUCCGAAUAGCUGCGAAAGAUCAGAGAAAUAACCAAUGGAUAACACCGGACAAAGAAAAAACUAUUACUGAAAUAGAAAUCGAACAGUUAACUUAUCACGAGAUGCAAUAUUUUACACCUCCUCAGAAAGAUGACUUAUAAUUCUAAAAUGACAUAUAUAUAAAUUUUAUUAUUUAUUAUAUUAUGCUAUAAUAAUUUAUAGCGUUAAAUUUAUGUAUAUCAGUUAUAUU